ACUUCGGAUUCAUAUCCAUGAAGUAUUUGGAGAAACUGCGAAGUUUCCUGAAGAUUUAACUGCGAUUUCCUCUAAACCAUAUUUAGGCUAACUCUACACGGUGCAUUUGUCAAGAAUCUGGAGGUGCAUUUGCAAUCUAAGGAAUACAUUUUACUCCGCUGUUUUUGAAGGAUGGAUCUGGUUCAACUUUUCUCUCGUUAACGGCAAUUUUAUGCAGUCCGUCUUACCACCUCGUUUUCAUGGACCUCACGAUCAAUGAUGACUAUGAGUUCAAUGCCUGAUAGUUUGGUUGCUCCAGACCCAUCAAAAUCAGCCUUUCUGGAGUUCGGUCACGGGUUCCCUACCCAUCAGCAACACGCCCCCGCGUUGUCUCGCAACCACUAUCCGGUUCACGGAUUGCAUGCUGGUGGACACUCGCAGCACGAGAGCCCCUUCUCGUCCAGCGCGAGCUCGUACGGACGCCCGGUGGGAUACACUUACCCGAGCACGGUCCCUACUCACCAUCCCAGCACGUACCUGCCCUACCAACAUAACAAUCACAACAGCGCUUUGGGGCACACAAGACUAGAAGACACUGAUCACGAGAAGCCGACCGUCAUAGAAAAUGGAGAGAUUCGCAUAAACGGCAAAGGGAAGAAGAUCCGAAAACCCAGAACCAUCUACUCCAGUUUACAGCUGCAGGUGCUCAACCAGAGAUUUCAGCAAACCCAGUACCUCGCCUUGCCCGAGCGCGCGGAUUUGGCGGCAAAGUUGGGCCUGACUCAAACGCAGGUCAAGAUAUGGUUUCAAAACAAACGCUCCAAGUACAAGAAAAUCAUGAAACACGGCUCAAGCGGACCGGAAGGAGAGCACCUAAACUCCACUUCGUCCAUCUCGCCUUGCUCGCCGGGACUGCCUCAACUGUGGGACGUGUCCAUGGCGAGCAAAGGGGCACCUAUGCACGCAAGCGGCUACAUGAACAAUUUCGGACACUGGUACCCCGCUCAUCAUCAGGACUCUAUGCCGAGACCACAGAUGAUGUGAUGGAUCAUCUCGGUUAUAAAACUACCAAAUUCCAUCGCGCGACGUUGGAUUAUAAUCAAUAUUCCUGAAUGUGUGAUUCGUCUGCCUUAUCCUAAGAACUUUUUUAGAUAUCUGUAUAUAGCCUACAUAUUAAUCUUUUUUUUUCUUAUAAUGAAUGACAUACCUUUUAUGUGGACUUGUAACUAAAACUGGACUGUUUUCGUUUUUGAAUGACAACUGUUCGUUUGGAGUUUAUAGGCCUUAUUGUUUUUGGAAGUUUGAGAGUUGAAUGCAUAUUUGGAAACAAAGAAAUACUCGGCCUAACUAUUCUGAGGAUUCAUAUCUGUAAUUUCAGGCUGUUUCUAAUAAAUCAUCAACCUCAACGGA